AGCUGCUUAUGUCAUAGAGAGGUCGCUGUUGUCACUGGAUGCUUCAAAACAUUUGACUUCUGAGCAAGGACGUAUAGGAGCACAAUGACUCAAGAAAUUCCAUUCAACAUAAACAUCAAAGAGCCACGAUGGGACCAGGGCAGUUUCGAAGGGAGAGCUAGACAUUUCUUCAUGGUCACAGAUCCAAGGAAUAUUUUACUCGGACCUAAAGUGCUAGAGGAAGCAAAGACCAUCGUACAAAAUUACAGAAUGGGAAUACCGACACCAGGACUGACUGAAGAUCAACUGUGGCGUGCAAAAUAUAUCUACGAUUCUGCCUUCCACCCAGAUACAGGAGAAAAAAUGGUGCUGAUCGGACGCAUGUCUGCGCAAGUGCCCAUGAACAUGACCAUCACUGGCUGCAUGCUGACAUUUUACAGGACUACUCCGGCUGUGCUGUUUUGGCAGUGGGUGAAUCAGUCUUUUAACGCCAUUGUAAACUAUACCAAUAGAAGUGGAGAUGCACCCAUUACAACCAGCCAACUGGGUACAGCCUACGUCAGUGCAACAACAGGUGCCGUCGUUACAGCUCUAGGUCUUAAAUCAUUGACAAAGCGUUUACCUGCCCUGAUCGGCAGAUUUGUACCAUUUGCCGCUGUUGCAGCUGCCAACUGCAUCAACAUCCCAUUAAUGAGACAAAGAGAGUUGAAACAUGGAAUCCCCAUUACAGAUGAAAAUGGAAAUCGACUUGGAGAGUCUACGAAGGCCGCCCAGCAGGCUAUCGCCCAGGUGGUGGUAUCUCGGAUUGGCAUGGCAGCACCAGCUAUGGCAAUCCCCCCAUUGAUAAUGAAUGCGCUGGAGAAGAGAGCAUUUCUGAAGCGUUACCCAAUUAUGAAUGCUCCUCUUCAGGUCGGGCUGGUUGGAUUUUGUUUGGUAUUUGCCACUCCGCUGUGCUGCGCACUCUUCCCACAGAAAAGCUCAAUGAGCGUAUCACGUCUGGAACCUGAGGUCCGUGCCCAGAUUCUCGAGAAGAACCCUGGCACACAAGUUGUAUACUUCAACAAAGGACUUUAACCUUCACAAUCAGUCAGUACACUCCGCGGAGACAAUUCAGAAUAUUAUUUUCACAGUAUAUGUGAAAAAUAAGUAGUACAAAAUUUGACCUUUAUCUGCUUUUA